AGUUAAAUUUUAGCUUUGUAUCCAUGAAAAACCUCAUUCAAAUGAUCUUCAAAAGGAAUAACUACCUCUACCAUGUUUUAAUUUCCACAGAAGGAUUCAUAAGUUCCUGUGAUUCAUGAAGUAAAGUACAUAUUGAAAAAGUACAUGCUUUGAAAAUUAUAAACCCCAUACAAACAUGAAAGGUUGUUUGUAAUAAUGUUCGGGGUUCCCAAGUCUUUAUCCCACAUACAAUAUCCAAAUUCAAUGCUUUCUUCUGCCCUGUAAGAUUGUUUGUUCAAUUUUGGAAUUUUUUCAGCAGCAGGCCCUCAAGGAAUUAUCUCUGGGCAUUGCUUGCUUUAUUGACGUGCUUAAUUCUGUGUUUAUGUUUUAUUGUAUCUCACCUUUUGUUCUUGAUCUCCAUGCUUGGGCAUGAUGGUGACUCAGCGGAAAAAAACGGCUUCUCCAGCUUUGUGUGGACCAUCUGCUUCACUCUGUUGCUCUGAAAAUGGAAAUGCGAAAAAGACCUUCCAAGUAGAGGAAGAAACCAUCUGCUUCUACAUUGAACAUCUGAUACAAUGUGCCCAGCAGUCCCCCUGUGAAUGAACAGGAUACUUCUUUACAACAUGACCCACAGGGACAACCUAAGUCCUCUCUGCAGCCUGAAGUUUGUGACUCUUCUUGUUGCCCUAAGCCCAGAACUUCUAUUCCUGGGAGCUGAAGUACAGCUUCAAGACAAUGGCUAUGAUGGAUUACUCGUUGCAAUUAAUCCGCAGGUACCUGAGAAUCAGAAUCUCAUCCCAAACAUUAAGGAAAUGAUAACAGAAGCUUCUUUUUACCUGUUCAAUGCUACCAAGAGAAGAGUGUUUUUCAGAAAUAUACAGAUUUUAAUACCUGUCACAUGGAAAGUUAAUAAUUACAGCAAAGUAAAACAAGAAUCAUAUGAAAAGGCUAAUGUCAUAGUGACUGAUUGGAAUGGAGUAAAUAGAGAUGAUCCAUAUACCCUACAAUACAGAGGGUGUGGGAAAGAGGGGAAAUAUAUUCAUUUCACAUCAAACUUUCUACUGAAUGAUGACUUGACAACUGCCUAUGGAUCGCGGGGCAGAGUGUUUGUCCAUGAAUGGGCCCAUUUCCGUUGGGGUGUGUUUGAUGAAUAUAACAAUGAUAAACCUUUCUACAUAGAUGGCCAAAAUGAAAUUAAAGUAACAGGGUGUUCAUCAGACAUUACAGGCAUUUUUGUUUGUGAAAAAGGCCUUUGCCCCCACGAAAAUUGUAUUAUUAGUAAGCUUUUCAAAGAAGGAUGUACAUUCCUCUACAAUAGCACCCAAAAUGCAACUGCAUCAAUAAUGUUCAUGCAAAGUUUAUCUUCUGUGGUUGAGUUCUGUAACACAAAUACCCAUAACCAAGAAGCUCCAAACUUACAGAACCAAAUGUGCAGCCUGAGAAGUGCCUGGGACGUUAUUAUGGGUUCCUCUGACUUUAGUCACAGUUUUCCCAUGAAUGGGACUGAGCUUCCACCUCCUCCCACAUUCUCUGUUGUACAGGAUGGUGACAAGGUGGUCUGUUUAGUGCUGGAUGUGUCUAGCAAGAUGGCAGAGGCUGACAGACUCCUUCGACUGCAACAAGCAGCUGAAUUUUACUUGAUGCGGAUUGUGGAAAUUCAUACUUUUGUGGGCAUUGUCAAUUUCAACAGCAAAGGAGAGAUCAGAGCCCAGUUACACCAAAUUAACAGUGAUGAUGACCGAAAGCUUCUGGUUUCUUAUCUGCCUACUACUGUGUCAGCUGAAGCAGAAACUAGCAUCUGUUCAGGACUUAAGAAAGGAUUUGAGGUGGUUGAAAAGCUGAAUGGAAAAACUUCUGGCUCUGUGAUGAUAUUAGUGACCAGUGGGACCCAUGAGCACAUCAGUAACUGCUUGCCCACCGUGCUCAGCAGCGGUGCAACCAUUCAUUCCAUAGCCCUAGGGUCCUCGGAGGCUGGAAAACUGGAGGAAUUAUCACAUCGCACAGGUGGCUUAAAGUUCUAUGUUCCAGAUAAAUCAAACUCUAAUAGCAUGGUGGAUGCUUUCAGUAGAAUUUCCUUUGGCACUGGAGACAUUUUUCAGCAAAGCAUUCAGCUUGAAAGCAUGAGUGAAAAUGUUAAACCUUACCAUCAACUGAUAAGCACUGUAAAUGUGGAUAACAGUGUUGGAAACGACACUGUUUUUCUAAUCACAUGGCAGACCAGUGGUCCCCCUGAGAUUGUGUUAUUUGAUCCUACUGGAAGAAAAUACUACACAAAUAAUUUUACCACCAGUCUAGCUUCUCAAACAGCUAGCCUUUGCAUUCCAGGAACUGCCAAGCCUGGGCCCUGGACUUACUCCCUGAACAACACCCACCAUUCUCCUCAACUCCUGACAGUGACAGUGGCCUCCCGCGCCUCCAGCUCCGCUGUGCCCCCAGCCACUGUAGAAGUCUUUGUGGAAAAAGACAGCACUCAUUUUCCUGACCCUGUGAUGAUUUAUGCAAAUGUGAGAAAGGGGUUUUAUCCCAUUCUUAAUGCUACUGUCACUGCUGUGAUUGAGCCAGAGACUGGAGAUCCUGUUAUGCUGAAACUUUUUGAUGAUGGAGCAGGUGCUGAUGUCAUUAAAAAUGAUGGAAUUUACUCGAGGUAUUUUUUCUCCUUUGCUGUAAGUGGUAGAUAUAGCUUGAAAGUGCAUGUCAGUCACUCUCCCAGCAUAAGCACCCUAGCCCACUCUAUCGCAGGAAGUCAUGCUCUGUAUGUACCGGGUUACAUAGUGAAUGAUAACAUUCAGAUGAAUGCUCCAAGGAAAUCAGCACACAGAAGUGAAGGAGAGCAAAAGUGGGCCUUGAGCAGAGUAAGCUCAGGGGGCUCCUUUUCAGUGCGAGGAGUUCCAGAUGGUUCCCAUCCUGACGUCUUCCCACCGUGCAAAAUUAUUGACCUGGAAGCUGUAAAGAUGGAAGAGGAAGUGAUUCUAUCUUGGACAGCACCAGGAGAAGACUUUGAUCAGGGUCAGGCUGCAAGUUAUGAAAUAAGAAUAAGUAAAAGCCUACAGAAUAUUCAAGAUGACUUUAACAAUGCCAUUUUGGUGAAUACAUCAAAGCUAAAUCCUCAGCAGGCUGGUACCAGAGAGAUAUUUACAUUCUUACCCAGACGUUUUACAAGUGAACUCGAACAUCGACCUGAAAGAGGAACACAAGAAAACUACAGAAUUUAUUUGGCCAUUAGAGCAACGGAUAGGAACUCUUUAAAGUCUGCUGUAUCUAACAUUGCCCAGGUGUCUCGGUCUAGUUCUCCAAACUCUGCUUCUGUUCCUGGCAGAGAUCAUCUUAUAGUGAAAGGAGUUUUAACAGCAAUGAGUUUGAUAGGAACCAUUUGCCUUGUUAUAAUUGUAACAUAUUAUAUUUUAAAAAGAAAAAGAGCAGUCAAGGAAGAGAGUGGGACAAAAUUACUAUGAACAAAUGUACAGAGUAUCUUCCUUCUUAGUUUUAUGACCCCUGGGCUUUACAUUUUGCAAAAACAUAACAAUAAAUUGAAAUGAACAUCAAAUUGUAUAAAGUGCAUUGGAUUUUUGUGUAAUAUGGAUCAUAGUUUUAUAUAUAAUACUCAUUUUUGGAUGAGAAAUUAGAAAAUAGUCUUAGUUAUGGAAAACUAAUAAAGAUUAUUCUUCACAGUAAUGUCUUUAAAGGCAAGGGCAAAGUUGAGUCAGGGUCAAGAAAAGCUUGUUUUAUUGAAGUGGAAAAAUAGCUCCAAGUAUAGGAAAGGGAGUUAGAUUCUGAAUUAUGCAGUAUAACUGUCUAUAUGAACCAAUUGUUUAGUUACUUUGAUUAAUUUUUCAUUUGUCCUUAUCUGUGCAGAACAGAUUGCUUGUUUAUGACAAAUGAUCAAGCUGCAUUUUUUAUAUGAAGCCCCAAUUGUAAAAUUCUUUAUCUCUUGUCAUUUCAUUAAAUGUACUAUGGAUCAAAUCCCACCACUAAUGCUCAAAGGGACCUUUUUUAAGAGUAAGAGGCAACCUUAAGAUGUGGUUAUUAUCCUUGUCCUUUCAGACUGGUUUUGUAACAAAGCUUUAUUGAAUUUAUUGUUUAUAAGUUUCUACUCCCAUCAAAGCAGUUUUCCAAGUUAUUGCCCUGGGGAUAAUUGAAUGAAAAUGGUUCUCAUUCUCAUAAAGCUUUAAAGAAUGAAAGACGAGGUUCUCAGCUUAUUUUAAGAAGUAUGUAGACAAUACAGUUUUAUUCAAUCUCCACUGAAGAAGAGGUCAGGGGGAGAGACUGAUCUUUAGAAAUGACUAUCAUGUUCUCUUCUUUGGUUAAAUAAAAGUCUAAAUCCUUUUUCCAUCAAGGGCAAA